UUCUCAUUUCAUCUCAAAAUCAAAACUAACAUACAGAGUUAAAACCUUAGAGGUAGAAGCAUACCAGCAUUGUUGAGAAUUUCAAUUAGCGACAGAGAAGUAGGUGUUAAGAGGAGAUUAAGAAAGAGAAAGUGUUUUUAGUUUUUAUAUAAAGUUAGAGAGUUUGAGAGAUAUGGGAGUUUUGCAAGAAGAAAGUGUAUGCAAUUCUGCUUUGCCAUUGUUAUCUCUAAACCAUGUAUCAUAUCUUUGUAAGUCAGUUGAAGAAUCAGCCAAGUUUUAUCAAGAAGUUCUCGGCUUCGUUCUCAUUAAAAGACCUUCUUCUUUCAAAUUUGAAGGAGCUUGGUUAUUCAACUAUGGAAUUGGGAUACACUUGUUACAGUGUAAUUCCAUUAGUGAUGUCCAACAAAUGCCAGCAAAAAUCAACCCAAAAGAUAAUCACAUUUCUUUCCAAUGUACAGACAUUGAAUUAGUAAAGAAGAGACUACGAGAGAUGGGGAUGAAGUAUGAAACUUCCCUCGUUGAAGAAGGUGGUGUUUUCGUCAAUCAGCUUUUCUUUCACGACCCUGAUGGUUAUAUGAUUGAAAUCUGCAACUGUGACAACAUUCCAGUUAUUCCACUAUCUUCAAGUGCGUGUCUAAUGCUUAAGAAGCCAGAAUCUUAUGUAAAUGCCAAGAAGAAUAAAGCACUUAAUGCCGCAGAGAUGGAGACGCGGAUGAUGGAAACCUUGUUUGCCAAUUUGAUUGAUAUUGCCAUGUAGAGAUCUCAAAUUAAAAACCAUCUAAAGUUCAUGUUGUUUGGAGUUUUUAUACCUUCUUUUUUUUCUUUUCAAGUAUUGCUAAUGUUAAUCCAAAUUUCCUUUUUAGUUAAUCUUUGGAACUUUUUCUUGUAUAUUUGCGAAACAUAAAUCAAUUAUUAGAAGAAUUAAAGGGUUGUCAUCCCUCGCUUUGGAACUUUUUCA